AUGCAAUCGAUUACUGUUCCGAGAAAUAAUUUGAAACAACAACUUCAAUGGUACGAACAAUAUAGGAAAGAACGGAAAAAACGGUCAGAAGUAAAUUUUGAGAAGUAUAUUUGGGAACAAAAUACGAAACGUAGGUGUCAUCAACAAUCUGCCGAGCGAGAUAUGAAUUUUACGUCUUUACAAGAAAAAGAAAUCACGUCAUCAUCAUCUUGUGAGAAUGUUAGAGGAAAAGAACUACAUUCUACGUCAUCUUCAAGCAUAUAUUUGAAUCGUAAUGAAACGAAAGAUAUAAACCAAAAUACUGAUCCGAAGGAUGAUAUGGAUAUACAAGACUGGUUAGUUGAUCUAGAACCACUUGAUCCAAUGGAAAUAAAAGCUGAAAUCGAAGAAUGGACGCGUAAAAGUAAAUUCUCUGCCAGUAAUUCGAAUAUAGAUGAAAUUGCAACAUCCGAUCUAUCAAUAAAUACCGUAAACGCACCGAUAGUGGCAUUGAAUACGAUUGAACAUUUUGCAAUACUAUGUGAUGAUAUAGAUGCUUGUCUAAAUUUCAGUUGGCCCGAGGACAAUCAUGACCUUCUUAACAUGCCAUUUAACGAAUUACAAUCUUUGUUAGUUUCAGUUAAAAUUAUCAAAUGCAAAAUCUCUGAAGAACUAUAUGAAAUUGUUGAAGGGGAUAAGAAAUAUGAUAAUUCAAGUGUCUCUUUGUUAAAAAUAACUCGAGCAAAUUCAAAAAAACGGAUUGAAGCAAUACAGAAAAGAAUGCAACAAUUAGAACGUGAUACAAUGAGUUCAUUUGUAUCAUCAUCACCAACUGAUUUCAGUUCUCGCUUGUCUGAAUCCAUAGAAAAUGAUACUCCCACUAUGGAUCGUGAUCCUUCAACAUCUUUAUAUUUCGAUAAAGAUAAAAACACUGUAUCGCCAACAGAUUCACCUGUUUAUCGUGUACUACAUGAAACUUUCAAGUUGGCCACGUUUCGUCAGAAUCAAUUGAAAGCUAUCGAUGCUGCUCUAAAUGAUCAAGAUGUCUUUGUUCUAAUGCCAACUGGUGGAGGCAAAAGUCUUUGUUAUCAACUGCCAGCGGUUCUAGACAAUCAACGAUCUCACAAAAUAACAAUAGUUAUAUCUCCUUUACUAUCACUGAUACAAGACCAAAUCUUGCGAUUAAAUAGUCUCGGAAUUCCUGCUUUAGAUUUGCAAGGGAAUCAAAGUCUAGAUCGCAGAAAUUUAGUAUUCUUUGAAAUGCAAAAGGCCUCACCUAGCCUUGUUUUACUUUAUUUAACACCUGAGAUGUUGGGGAAAAGUGUAAAAGCUAUCGAAUCGAUUCAAUUACUUUACAAACGUGGACUUUUAGCUCGGUUUGUAAUCGACGAAGCUCAUUGUGUAAGUCAAUGGGGUCAUGAUUUUCGUCCUGAUUAUAAAGAUUUGGGCCAAUUAAGAAAAAAAUUUCCGGGCGUACCAAUGAUGGCACUCACUGCAACAGCGACUAGCAGAGUGAAAGAAGAUGUGAUACACAAUCUACGCAUGGAAAACUGUGCAAUUAUCACUCAGGGCUUCAAUCGGCCAAAUUUAAGAUACGAAGUUAUGAAGAAAAAUACAAAUUCUGAAAAGCAAAUUAUUGAGUUCAUCCAUUCAUCAGGUCAU